CUGUGGAUCAACCUCACAAACUGCAAGUUUGAGAGCGUCAGGCGUGCAGCAUCCCGCUUUGGCCUGAAGGAGGCGCUAGAGGGCGAGAAGUGGACGGUCUACUGGACUGAUCUCAACGUCUCCCUGGAUAGAGUAAUGGACAUGAGAGGCUACCAGAAGAUCAACCACUUUCCAGGGAUGACCGAGAUCUGCAGGAAGGGCCUGCUGGCCAGAAACAUGAACCGCAUGUUUAAAUGUUUCCCCAAGGAGUACAACAUCUUCCCCCGUACGUGGUGCCUCCCCACAGACCACUGUGACCUCCAGGCCUACACCAGAUCCAAGAAGCAUAAAAUCUACAUCUGCAAGCCUGACUCCAGCAGCCAGGGAAGGGGAAUCUUCCUCACCAAGUCCACCAAAGACAUCCCCUCUGGAGAACACAUGAUUUGCCAGGUGUACCUGUCCCGGCCGUUUCUCCUGGACGGGUUCAAGUUUGACCUGCGCAUCUACGUGCUGGUGACCUCAUGCGACCCCCUGCGUAUCUUCCUGUAUGAGGAGGGCCUGGCUCGCUUCUGCACCACCCGAUACAGCCACCCCAAAAACCACAACCUGCAUGACAUAUGUAUGCAUCUGACCAACUAUGCCAUCAACAAACACAGUGAGAACUUUGUCCGGGACGACCUGGCUGGGAGCAAAAGGAAGUUGUCGACGGUGCUGGAGUCCAUGUCCUGCGACCCCAGGAAGGUGUUGGCCGACAUCGAGGACGUGGUGAUCAAGGCCCUGAUCGCGGCGCACCCCGUGCUGAAGCACAGCUACCACACCUGCUUCCCCCGGCACACCGCCUCCGGCUCAGGGGCCUGCUUCGAGAUCCUGGGCUUUGACGUGCUGCUGGACCACAGGCUCAAGCCCUGGCUACUGGAGGUGAACCACUCUCCCAGCUUCACCACUGACUCUCGGCUGGACCGGGAGGUGAAGGACAGGAUGCUGUAUGACACUCUGGUGCUGAUCAACCUGGGAGCCUACAGCCCCAAACAAGCUCGCCAGGAGGAGAAAAACAGGCUUGCAGACCGACUACAGCCCAGAGACGUGAGGCACCGGCUGCAGCAGCUGAGGCAGGCCAGCAGUAUAGAGCAUGCCUUGACCUAUGAGGACAAGCACCUUGGUGGCUUCCGUCGCAUCUUCCCCCGGUCCAAUGCCAGCGACUACGACAAGUUCUUCAAGCAUGAAGGCUCCUGCUUCCAGGAGACCAUCACCUCACGCGCACGAGAGAAGUGUACCAGACAGCAGCUGCUGGAAAUCCAGGAGAGGCAGGGUCAGAAGAGGAAGAAGGCCUGCUCUCUGGGGGAGUCUGCUUGGGAGAAGAACCGGCCACAGCGCUGCAGCCGACCUAGGCCACCUCGUUUCCUUCCCAACCUGAAGAUGAACCCAGACAAGCUAACGCAGCCAUUAGAGAGGAGGGGUGAGGACGAGGAGGAGGAAGAGGAGGAAGAGGAGAAGGAGGAGGAGGAGAUGAGAUCUCAUCUCCUGAGAGAGCUGGGGGUUGUGCAGAAGGUCAAGCGGCUCUUCAGAAACCCUCAGCACUCCACACAGAACCAACCAUGCAGGGUAGAGGACUCCAGAAAGAACAAGUAUUGCUAA